GGCAUUUUACUUUACGACAACCCAGGCCUUCCGGUUGUAUUUAACAGUGCGCUUUUUACGCUAUACGUUAGCAUUUAUAUCGCUGAGGAGUGCCAGUGUCUGCUCAAAUACGAUGGGGAUCGAGGACGAAACGGAUCGGACGCUGUUCAUAAGAAAUUUAGAUCCAAAAGUGACGGAGGAGCUUUUGUUUGAGCUAUUUUUACAGGGUGGUCCUCUCAUCAAAACGAAAAUACCAAAAGACGCGGAUGGUAAACAGAAAACAUUUGGUUUUGCCGUUUACAAGCAUGAAAUAUCUGUGCCGUACGCUAUGCAGCUGCUGAACGGCACAUCGCUGUACGGGAGAAGCAUUCAUGUGCAGUUCAGAUCAGGUAGCAGUCAUAGCAGCAGUCCAGGGAACUCACAAAAUUCAAGUCCUGCUAAUACCCCAAAUCCGCAUGGCCAGAGGACCCCUAUCCAGUUCAGUUCUCCACCAUAUACUCCUCCGCCCCAAAUGCAGCGGUCUGUCUCAUCUCCAGAUAAUCUGCAGAAGCAUGUUAUGAUGAACAACAUGAUGUGGCAGCUCCACAUGCAGCAGCUUGAGCAGUUGAACGGCGGCUCCUCUAAGCCUCUGCAGAGGCAGCUGGCCGCAGGUGGAAACUCUGGCAGAGGUGGCUCAAGGCAACACGAUAACACCCCCUAUCGCCAUCCGUCCCAGAUGAACAGCGGUGGCAGAAAUCAGCGCUACGCGGACGAACCAGGUCGUCAUCAUCAACACGGCCACAGCCGGGACAACUAUCAUCAUCAGAAUGACAGGAGCGGCAAUCGCCACCAUGACAGCAGAGGUGGCAACAGACAUUAUGACGACAAGGGUAACCGUGGCUACCAAGAUAAUAGAUGGCGGCGGUACUGAGACACCUAAAGGAUUUCUGUAAAGACUUCAAUUACUCACAAUUUUUUGGACAGCAUACAAAAAAAAAAAAGUCAUGAAUUAUUUUGACAAAUUCACAUGUAUACUCAGGUUGUUUGUACAUGAUCCUACCAGUUUAAAGGUUUGAUAACUUAUGCCUUAGACAUUUUUGUUUACUUUUAAAGGCAUUUUUAAAUUUGUACAUGUCGUCGUGUGAGCUUUUCCUCACAGAUGUUGCAAAUAUUUUGAGCUGAGCGCAGUGGAAAAAUAAUCAGAUGUGACUGGUGGUCAUUUUGGAAGACAAAGAAAAAAAACAUGUAUUUAAAAAAAAAAAAGUAGGAUAUUGGCAAGUUUUUAUGUUAUGCAAAAAGUAUUUAAACGGUGCUGCCAGAAAUUCUUCAGGUACUUUGCAAAAAAAGAAAUAACUAAAGUUUCAGCGAAAGAUUACACCAGCACCACUUUUACGGCAAUAUGGCAACAUGUUUUCUUAAUGUUAGAUCUAUUGACCUUUCUUUCUAAAAUUGAGGCUUUGUUUUAUUUUUUUAUUCUGAGUCUGUGAGACAAACUGUUUUAAAAUGGAACAUUUUCAUUAUAAAGCUCCUUUCAUUUGA